CAGUCCUUCCCACCUGGUACGAACACAUUGAUAAUCGUUUCCCCAAACUCUGCGAUCAAGUUCUCUAAGUGCAGAAAAGGAAACAGGCUCAGAGAAGGCAAACGCUUGGUCCAAGACCCGGCCGAGAAUCUGAGAAUCUCUACCUCCUGAGUCCCUGUGGUUCCCCCAGGUGGAGGACCAGACCCAGGUGGCUGACCCAGACCGCUGCGUAGAACUCUGAUCCCAUUUUGGCUCACACUUCCUUUGGUGCAAUGUAAAUUAGUAUUUUCUUAAGAGUUCCCUCAUUGCCUUUUGAGUAACAUAAUGCUGCAUUGUAUACACGUUAAAAGUAUUACUUUGUAAAAAGCAAACAUUAAAUAAACUGUAAUGCUCAUUGGAAUCCUCGGUUGAGUGUUUUACAUACCAGUAUCCUCAAAAUUGAAGGCAGCCUGGCCUCCAUCACACCCAGUGCAGGAACCCAAGCCUGCAGCCACCUAGGCCGUGGGGGGAGGAGCCCAUGGCACAGGGGCACUGGGGCAGGCCGGAAGAGCCUCAGAGAGGAAAGGGUGACCCCCCCACACACGCUGGGGAGGGGCCCCCCAGUGGUUUGCUGAAGCUGUGGCUGAGGAGGAAGUGAGCGGAGGAGGUGAGGUGCAGCAGGGAGCCUGUUCCAUCAGGGGUCUGGGGCACCAUGGCCCAGGCCCUGGGCGAGGACCUGGUGCAGACUUGUGAAUUGCAGGAUGACUCCAGCUCUUUGGGGUCCGACUCAGAACUGAGUGGGCCCUGCCCAUAUCGCCAGGCUGAUCGCUAUGGCUUCAUUGGGGGCAGCUCAGCAGAGCCCGGGCGGGGUCACCCUCCUGCAGACCUUAUCCGCCAACGGGAGAUGAAGUGGGUAGAGAUGACUUCACACUGGGAGAAAACCAUGUCUCGACGGUACAAGAAGGUGAAGAUGCAGUGCCGGAAAGGCAUCCCCUCAGCCCUGCGUGCCCGUUGCUGGCCCCUGCUCUGCGGGGCCCAUGUGUGUCAGAAGAACAGCCCUGGUACCUAUCAGGAACUGGCUGAGGCCCCAGGAGAACCACAGUGGAUGGAGACCAUCGGCAGGGACCUACACCGCCAGUUCCCUCUGCAUGAGAUGUUUGUGUCACCCCAGGGUCACGGGCAGCAGGGGCUCCUGCAAGUACUCAAGGCCUACACCCUGUACCGUCCCGAACAGGGCUACUGCCAAGCCCAGGGCCCUGUGGCUGCUGUGCUACUUAUGCAUCUGCCCCCUGAGGAAGCCUUCUGGUGCCUGGUGCAAAUCUGCGAGCUUUACCUGCCAGGCUACUACGGGCCCCACAUGGAAGCUGUGCAGCUGGACGCUGAGGUGUUCAUGGCCCUGCUGCGGCGGCUGCUCCCACGUGUGCACAAGCACCUGCAACAGGUGGGCGUCGGGCCCCUGCUCUACCUGCCCGAGUGGUUCCUGUGCCUCUUUGCCCGCUCCCUGCCCUUCCCCACGGUGCUGCGUGUCUGGGACGCCUUUCUCAGUGAGGGUGUGAAGGUGUUAUUCCGUGUGGGGCUGACGCUGGUGCGCCUGGCACUGGGCACCACAGAACAGCGCCUGGCCUGCCCCGGGCUCCUGGAGACGCUGGGUGCCCUGCGAGCCAUACCCCCUACCCAGCUGCAGGAGGAGAUCUUCAUGUCCCAGGUGCACAGCGUGGCCCUGUCCGAGCAGGACUUGCAGCGGGAGAUCAAGGCCCAGCUGGCCCGGCUAUCGGAGUCCAAGUCCGGGCCACUGCCACAGCCGAAGGCCCGCCUGGCUGGGGCCCAGGCCAUCUUUGAGGCCCAGCAGCUGGCAGGGGUGCGGGGAGGCACCAGACCCGAGGUGCCCCGCAUUGUGGUGCAGCCCCCCGAGGAGCCCAGGCCACCUCGGCGGAAGCCCCAGACCCGAGGCAAGACUUUCCACGGGCUCCUCACUCGGUCCAGGGGCCCCCCUAUUGAGGGCCCCACCAGGUCCCAUCGAAGCUCCACCUCCUUCCUGGACACCCGAUUCUGAAGGUCCCACUUUCGUGGAUACAGUGCCCCUUCACCCCAGUUGCCUGAACGGCUGACGCCAGCCUCACGAAUGGGCACCGCACUUUACAGCCGGGAUUUGGCGACAGCUCCCUGCCCACUGUCCACCGAGCGUGUAAAUGAACCGCGAGGCGUUGGCUUGAAAUAAACGAUGAAAGAUUUAUUUAAAGGUCUUAGGGUUUGCAAACUGGAAACGUGACUAGGCGAUACCCAGAGUGUCCCAAGGAAGAAAGAACAGCUGAGGAUUUUUAUAAUAAAAAGCACAUUCGUGAGAAGCAUCCGUCCUGCGCUCUUAGGCUCCGGGUUGAUUGGAGUCGGUAACUGUCCAGAUGCCAUGCGGUCUGGACACGUGAACAUUCUUUCCUAAGUUCUUCAUUUUUUCCUAAGUCCUAUCUAUAGGAAUUUAUAAGUCUCCAGGCAUUGACGCACAACUGAAAAGUUCAAAAGUUUAAGUACUUGGUCUAGUUAAAGUAAAAUAAAAUCAUUUCCUCAUGCUUCAGCCCAUUUGGUCUGAACGGAUUGUGCCAACGGACUCCACUUGCGUCAGCUUAGCUCUACCGACUUCGUCUUUUCUUCUCUCAUUCCUCACCGCGGACUGUGUCCGGCCCGCGAUGAAAGAAGGUCACAGAGUGGGGUUUCGGGGGCCCAGGCCCGCCAUCCGCCCACAGAGCUGUCCUGGUGCCUGGGCCCUUGCAAGCAUGGAAGCAGCGUCAAGGGAGUGUAGGGGUGGGGGCGGC